GCGACAACAACGACAACAUUAACAUUUAACCUCCUCACGUCAAACAAACUCGUCCUACAUAUCCUUUUUCCGUUUUUAGUACUCUCAGAAUUACUCUCUUUUGUUUGUCAUUCCCUCACAUGUUACUACAGCGCUUAUUUCGUCUCAACCCAUCUCGACCCUUCUCUACAACAAGUUGGAGAAAUUCCGGGAAAGAAACUCCAAAGACAUUGGGUCGACAUCCAAGGUCAAUAACCGCGCCUCUGGCAGCAUUCACAAUGGCCCUUCUCCUGUGUUCAUACUGUGUCAGCUCCAUACGGGCCGCUAGACGGGAGGCACGAUAUCAUCCUUCAGCCUCAACCUCUCCUGCCGAAAGCAUUGCGGCAGGUUCGAGUUCGGGGUCUAGCAUGGCAUCGGUAGCAUGGAUUACGAAGGCGUUGGAGGAGGAGAGGAUAGAGAAGCAGGGAAAGAAUCAGAAACCGUGAACUGUAAUCGAGUUAACGUAUCAUUCAUAUCAGUUAGGAGUUUGGAAUUUGGUGUAUCUUUCGAAAGUCAUUAUAUGUGAUUAUGGAUGUAUAUUGCAAAUAGCAGCCUCCCUAAAUGAUUGAACCAACACAGGU